UAUUCCGAAUCUCGAAGUUUUAUACCUGUGGCGAAACAUAUUAUCUUCGCUACCAGAAGCCACGACCAAUCUGUCAAAGUUAUAAACACUUGAUAUUUCGAGGAACAGUUUCCUUGAAUUCCCAACGCCUGUUUGUUUUCUUCAAUCAAUUGAGUCCUUGAACAUUUCUGGUAACAGAAUAGAGGUUAUUCCAAAUGAUAUUUCAAGACUGACCAAUAUGUUGAUAUUUGACAUUAGAUGGACUGGUGUAACAAAGUUGCCGUCUUCUAUGUCACAACUAACGCAAUUAAAGUCGUUACUGUUAGAGGAAGACAGCAUGGUAAGACCACCUGCCACAAUUUGCCAGCAUGGAACUGACGCAAUUCUCCAGUAUUUGUUCGCACUGCUGGAAACCAGAGCAACUAAGGCAUGUACCCUGCAGCUAAAUUUCUUGGGCGAGGUGGCGCGAGGCAAGACCAGUUUGUCAAGAACAUUGCAAUCUGGGACGCCAUCCUUAACCUCUUCCGUAGAUAGAACAUCGGUUGUUGAGCAAGGCACAUGGAACCCAGAGGACCACAUACGAUUUAACAUCAACGAUUUUGGCGGCCACCAAUCGUACAGAGUGGGGCACCCGCUGUUCAUCUCAGAGGCUGGUGUUGUAUGUAUCGUGUUUAACUCCCUUCAGUAUGAUCCAUUAUCGGAAGGGGAUUUUACGAACAACAUUGGCAACUGGAUUGACAUGAUUCAGUCUAGAUAUCCUGGUAUAGACUUGGUGGUUUUGGGUACACAUGUUGACAGGUGCGAUGAAGUGAAAGUUGAUGAAAUCCGUUGCAGUAUACAACGAAGAAUGCAGGCUCAAGCUGAGAAAAAGCAAAUGUUGCUGGACCAACAAAUCGAACAUUUGGAGGAACAGAUUAGUAGAAACAGACGUUGCGAUCUCCCUUUCCUGGAGGCUUAUCGAGACAAGUAUGAAAAUCUGAAGUCUCUACGUGAAUGCACUAAAAAUAAAACUCAUCCAAUUUUCAUGGUCAGUUCACAAACAUUGCUUGGGUUUGGCGAUCUAGAAAUAUAUCUUAUAAAAUUAGCAGAGGCAAAGAAAGUGGAACUGCCAAAACGCUGGUUAGAUUUAGCUAGCACUAUACUAAAAGAUUCAGGGAACUUGCUCACAAUCGACUACGAUUAUCUUAGACAGAAAUUCAUGAAGUUGAACGAUGUAACCAUAGACUUGGCGCCUACCAAUGCGAGCAGUGAAUUUAAUAAUGUUAUGUGCUUUCUUGCUUCCAGCGGAGAAAUCAUUUGGUUCGAAAAGCACCCUGCCUUGAAAAAUACCAUUUUUCAUAGACAGCGACUACUUGCCGACUUACUACGGGUUGUACUGGACCACAAUAAUUACGCUCGAGUUAACUUUUUUCUUCAGGAAGGUUUAAUUACACAGAUGGAGAUGGACGACUACACUUUAAGAGGAAUCGUCUCCAGAAAUCUGUUGAAGAAUUUGUGGAAGACAUUCAACCUUAACCAUUUUGACAUUGACACAAUGACAGAAUUGCUGAAAUCAUUGGAGCUGUGUUAUGAGGUACCAUGCAAAUCCAUUAUGAGCAAAGACAGUGCCUACCAUUUCCCUUGUUUGUUGACGGAAGGGAAACCAGAGCAUCUUUCAACAAAAUGGCCGCACGAGAUUUCCCAUGAAAAGCACCAAUUAAGCCUGAGAUUUCAGUUCCAUCAUGGAUGCCCUUGCGGUGUAUACGAAAAAUUCUCAGUCAGACUACAUAGGCACUUAGGGCUGUUCAAGUUGCGGAGGGUAGAUUGGAAAGAUGGCUUGUAUGCAGAGUUGGGAGCCAACAGCAUUCUGGUUCUCCGCCAGCAGCGUGGCAGAGAAUGCACUAUCACCAUCUCCGUUCGGGGAAAGAAAAUACCACAGUUGUGGGAACAUCUGUUAAAUGCACAUAACGACUUGCUGAAAAUCCAAACUCGAGAUUGGCCAGGACUGCAUUUCACCAAGCACCUAAUCUGCCCCCACUGUGAGCGCCUAUGCUUGCCAAACCCUUCCGUCUUCCCUGGCGAGAUAUUGGACCUUGAACGGCCCUCAAAUGAAACUCGUGGUUUCUACUCUACGGUGCCGUGUGACAAUGCCGUGCCUGACAGGUGUAUACCCGCCAGCAUGGUGAUACCGGCCAUGGCAGAAUUUGCUCCCAUGGCCGAGUACAAUAAGGCAGCACUCCGCGCCCACCAGAAGGCGCUGGUUGACGAUAUCACAGAGCCGUGCUUGCGGGACGUCCUGCUACGGUUCCAGCAAGAGGGCAUAUUCUCUGAACGAGAGGUGCUGACGGUGAAGAGUCGCGAUUCACAAAGAGAGAGGAAUGUUAUCUUCCUUGACAUCCUCAGGACUAAAGAAGAGAGAGCAUUUUAUGAGUUUACGCGAUACUUGGGAGCCAACGGACAGCUUCAUCUCAGCGAACUCCUCCAGUUAUAGUAUAUUUGGAGAACGUUUGUGUUAUAUGAUUAAUGAAAUCUUAAGACAAAGAUCGGUGCUCAGGCUGCACAUUCAUUGUUUACAGUUUAUUUUCUGUCGAAGGAUGGACUUAAUACGGAUUUCGAAAAGAAAUUAAUGCAAUAUGCAAUGGCAUAUAAUACUGCAGUAUUCCGUAACUUUUCUCUCUGGGAAUAACUCGAACCUUGGACAUAAUAACGAACUGAUACCAAAACUUUCCUGAGUCAGAUUAGAGCCCCUAGAAUUAACUAUCUUACAUAAAGAAACCCUUCUGUAAAUGUGAGAACCCAAUGCGUCUUGAUGUUAGUGAAAGGGUACAUAUUGAUGUACAUGUAUGUCAGACAACCUUGGGUAUUGUAACCUCGCCCUAAACAAUUUGAUAGACUUAAUUUUUGCAUAUUGGUGUGGUUGAAAGAUCAAGAUAAAGGAUAACUUCUA